CACCGGCGACGUGCUGCGUUCAGAGCACCGAAAGCAGCUCCCACCAUGUUACUGCACUUUUUUUUAGUUUUAGGGGCCUUUGUUUUCAACACCGAGGGCUACUUUUCGGAAGAAAUGUUCCCGGAGGAGUCGAAGAUGCAGCCUCCUACGGUGGUCAUCGCUAUCUUAGCCAGAAACACCGCACACUCCCUGCCGUACUACCUCGGAGCUCUGGAGAGACUCAACUACCCCAAAGAACGCAUCUCUGUGUGGGCAGCCACGGAUCACAAUGCAGAUAACACCACAGCCAUACUGAAAGAGUGGCUUACCUUCAUGCAGAAGUACUACCAUUAUGUAGAGUGGCGACCAAUGGACCAGCCCACGUCCUAUGCAGGAGAGUUGGGUCCUAAGCAUUGGCCCAACACCAGAUAUGAAUAUGUGAUGAAGCUGAAGCAGGCAGCGCUCAACUUUGCCAGGAAACGCUGGGCCGAUUACAUCCUGUACGUUGACACAGACAAUAUCCUCACCAACCCAGAAACCCUGAACCUGAUGAUAGCAGAGAACAAGUCAGCCGUCGCCCCCAUGCUGGACUCUCAGGGAGCGUACUCCAACUACUGGUGCGGUAUCACUCCACAGGGAUAUUAUCGCCGAACAGCAGAGUAUUUCCCCACCCGUCAUCGUCACAGACUGGGCUGUUUUCCCGUGCCCAUGAUCCACUCCACCGUUCUGCUGGAUUUAAGGAAGGAAGGCAUGAAGAAACUGGCCUUCUUCCCACCACACGAGGACUACUCGUGGCCCUACGAUGACAUCAUCGUGUUCGCCUUCUCCUGCCGUGCUGCAGAGGUACAGAUGUAUCUGUGUAACAAGGAGCGCUACGGCUACCUGAACGUCCCAGCCAAACCUCAGCAAACCUUGGAAGAUGAUCGCCUCAACUUUGUCCAUGUCCAACUUGAGUCCAUGAUUGAUGGUCCUCCAAUGCACCCCUCACGAUUCGUCUAUAUGUUCCCCAAACAGAGAGACCUGAUGGGCUUUGAUGAGAUAUAUCUGAUUAAUCUGCGACGGCGUGAUGACCGUAGAGACCGGAUGCUGUUCUCUUUGAAUGAACUAGAGAUUGACGUCAAGGUGGUGGACGCCGUGGAUGGGAAUGCACUGAACAGCAGUGAUAUUAAGAUCCUUGGUGUUGACCUUCUGCCAGGCUACUAUGACCCGUUCUCUGGACGCACCCUAACCAAAGGAGAGGUGGGCUGCUUCCUCAGCCACUUCUUCAUCUGGAAGGAGAUGGUUGACUUACAGAUGGACAAGGCGCUGGUCUUUGAAGAUGACGUUCGUUUCCAGGCCAACUUCAAACGACGAGUCCUCAGACUGAUGGAGGAGGUGGAGCAGGUGGAGCUGGACUGGGACAUCAUAUACUUUGGCAGGAAGCAGGUGAAUCCUGCAAAGGAGGAGGCGGUGGAGAACGUUCACAACUUGGUGAUAGCCGACUACUCGUAUUGGACUCUGUCCUACGCCAUCUCCCUGCAGGGAGCUCAAAAACUGCUCAACGCCGAGCCGCUGUCCAAGAUGCUGCCUAUUGAUGAAUUCCUCCCCAUCAUGUAUGACAAACAUCCCAAUGAAGACUACAAGUCCCAUUUCCCCAACAGGAAUUUACAAGCCUUCAGUACACGGCCUCUUGUGGUCCAGCCUUGUCACUACGCCGGCGAUCCCCAGUGGGUGAGUGACACAGAGACGUCCACUCUGUGGGACGAUGACACUGUACGCACUGAUUGGAGGGGUUCCCAUAAGACCCUGAAAGGGGCUGCGCGGCCCGCCGACAUGCUCUCGGCUGCCUACAAGGAUGAACUUUAGCGCGGAGCAGACGUAGCUGUGGAGAACCCUGCAGGUCAAAAGGCCACAAGGUCACAAGGUCAGAGAGACAGAUGCCGAGGAGAGAAAGUGUUCCCAGACUUUAUUUUUGGUCCACUCUGCGUCACGCCACUGACACGCUCAGUGUCAUUCAAACUGGACAUUUCAAAGCAUGUCAGCAAGAGUAUGGUGUAAGAUGACAUUUUGGGUGGAAAGCAACAUAAGGGACUGUGUUAAUUGAGUCUGUUUGUAAAGAAAUGUGUUUUAAUACUUGUACAGAUUCCAUUCCACCCUCAGGCUUUUUUUUUUUUUCUUCCUUAAUUCAGAUAUUUUAAUAUUAUGAGAGUUUUACAGUUUGUAUGGCUGAUGACAACCGAAUUUUUGUUUAAAUGUAUACUUUUGUUUUGAAUUUUUGUGCGUGUGGUGAUUGCAUGUUUAGAAUUUUAAUUAGACAGAAUUUAAAUGGACACCAGAGAGGUAUCUUUACAGGAACUUUUAUGUGUUCAUCUUUUGAGUGCUGACUGAGGCUCCAGUAGCUGUUCACAACUCCUGGCAAGUCUGGACAAAAGUCUUUUUUAAGUUAUUGAUGUUAUUUCUUUUUUUUUUUCCCUUUUGUUGGUAAAUCUUUCUGCCUAUCCAUUUCUCCAUUUGUGCAUGUUUUCCAUCAAGAGAGAAACCUGUAUUUAACACAGAGCUAUACUGACUCUUAAAUAUUUCCAUUGGCUUCUAUAACAUAAUAUAUAUAACAUAAAAUAACUUAUAUCUGAUGUACCUCAUGGUUUCAGUGGUACCAGAUUAUACUAAGGAAGUGUUUUGUUAGUGAUACACACUAAUUGGAUGUUUGCAUUUGAACAGUUUCAGCUUGUGUUUUUAUAUACAAUAAGUAAUUCAUAGAUUAACUGAAAUAGCAUUGGCUCAUUAGAUUUCCUUUUCAUCUGUGGCUGUGUAUUGAUAUUUUUCACAAUUAAUCACAGAAAUUGGAUUUCAAGGUCAGAGUUUGUAUAAUAUUUAUUUAGCACUCCCAAUUCUAUCACCACCAGGUUAUCGUUUCCACUCUGGCUUUUUAAUUGUAUGUUUUUGGAAUUAUCAAAGUGUAUUAAUAUAGAAUGAGCUAAGUUCUAAAAAUAUUCACACUCCUCCUAAGGCUUAUCUGACAUUACUCUUAACUGUCUUUAGAAGCAGGAAACAUUAUCAAAACCUUAAAAAUUGGUUCAUAUCACUUCAAUUAAAUCAACAGUAAUCAGAAACAAAAUGCAGGUUCAAGUUGAGAAUAUAUAUUCUCAGCACUAUAACCCUGCACUUGUCAUGGUUUCUCAUAUAUUGUGAAUACUUCACACUACAUUUUUUGAAAUAAAACAAAUACUUUUGGGAAAUAGAAUAAAAUCAAUGCAUGUUGAGUUGUGAACUCUCGGGAUUUCAGCAUUCGUCCAAGGUAAACAUUCCAAAAGUCUCCCAAUUGAUUUAUUAAAUUGGACCCGAGCUGUUGCCUUGCAAUGCAAUUCUUUUGAAAUUGUAAUCUAUAACUAAACACAGCCUGUAGUAAUCUUUUUGUAGCAUCACUGGAAUCCUUAAGUCUAGUAAUGUAUGAAAAUGUGCAUAAGAUAGCAGUGCAGGUACACGAUGAUGUAAUUCUGAUGUCCCUCAUGGAUUUAAAUGAUGAUGAUCAGUUAUACUAAACGUGUGUUGUAUUCUUAGCCUUGAAAAGCAUUUAUAAUGGUCUGAUUUGUAUUUGUCCAUUCUUUGAUAUUAUUAGGGUUGGGUUGGUUUUCCUUCAUAUGUCUUAAUUUAUUUGUCCAGUUUUUCUUAUUAUGGUUAAUGGAUGAGUCACAAGACAUGAUGUCAAGCAAGCAAUCUAGGUGCAAUCGCUUUUCUGAUGAAAGCCUCUGUGUGUCUUUGAACAAUACAUUUGUAUUCAGAUGUUAUAAAACAGGAUGUUAGGUCAACUGUAUAGCAAACUUUUCUAAUGUAAAUUGUUUUUUCUCAUUGUCGUUGUGAGUUUUGUAUUGGUUAAUAAACCAAACGU